AUGAAGAUCAAUGGGAUGCGACCUGGCGAGAAGAACAAGCGAGGCAACAUCAUCACCGCUCGGAUCGUACCCAUUCUUCUCCUCGCCAUCAUCGGAUACUCUUCCUACGUCGUCACCAAGAAGAUAUGCAUCGACUACCUCCUGCAAUCCCGAGCUCGGUCGUCGCUAUCAUUCCCCCAUAAACAAUCCGGGGCCGCGAUCGCCAUCCUUACAAUCUACUAUCUCCUCCUGCUCAUCACACUGACAUGUUUCGGCCGGCUGAUCCAGACAAUCACUUUCAACCCUGGCCUUGUUCCCCGUGGAGCGCAUUACUUUGUCGAGAAAGACCGGAGGCUUCGGGAAAGCCAAGACAGCUAUAAAGAGGAAGCGAUCGACUCGGUCAGCAAGCAAGGCUACACGCCUCGGAAGCUGAGGUACAAACUUGACUCUGGCUAUCCGGCGCAGAAUUUCUGGCAAAAGGACGUGUUUGUCUGUGGGUGGGAUGGCCGUCCGCCGUUCUGCUCGACAUGCUACAAUUACAAACCCGAUCGCGCCCACCACUGCAGCGAGCUCGGGCGUUGUGUUCUCAAGAUGGACCAUUUCUGCCCGUGGGUCGGCGGCAUUGUUUCGGAAACGAGUUUCAAGUUCUUCAUACAAUUCACCUUCUGGGCGGCCCUGUUCUGCCUGCACACGUUGGUCUCGGUGAGCUAUUUCUUUGCUCAGCGACGGUCUCGUCAACCGGGAGGUUUCUUCAACGUCCACUGGAUUUUGGUGUUGAUUUUCGCCGCUUUGUUCUUCGUCUUUAGCGCCGGCAUGUGCGGAAGCAGUCUUCAGUUUGCGUUUUUAAACAGCAGUACGAUUGAGAAUUUUACCCGCAAGACCAAAGUGUGGUACCUGGCUGUAUAUGUCCCACGACAUGUCAUGGAACGGUAUCACGCUUCAGGACGCACCGAUCUGCGCUUGAUCUCAUACCCUCGUCCAGCGAGUGAACAGUUCGAGAUCCUCGAACAGAGCGGCGCAACGUUUACUGCGAGCGAGGAGCGUCAGAGGGCGCGCGACGACACGCUGCUGCCCAAUGUGCCACAGGCGAGCUAUGAUCCACAGAGAUCAUCGGAUACAUCCAGGCCAAAUACGAACUCUACGGCGGAGGACCACCGGCGGGGAGGCGACAGCUCAGUGUCAUCGAGUCCGACGGCCGUUCCUGAGACAAGGACGUUUGCGAUCCUGGAGACGCUACCGGGGCAGAAUCCGUUCGACAUCGGACCAUAUGGCAACUUUAAGGAAGUCAUGGGAUACGGUGUGUUUGAAUGGUUGUUUCCAGUGCGUCUUUCGCCGCUGGUCGACCACAGCGACCCGGCUGGAAUGUAUAAAAUGGGAAAGGUCGUGAACAGCCUCAAGAACCAAGCACGGAUACGCGAUUCUACACAACCACAACCUUCACGUGAAGGCGACGACGUAGUUUCUCCCACAUUCGGUGGCGACAUGGAGAAAGCCGAGAGCAAACGACAUCCUGGGAGGGACCAUCAUAACAGAAAGAAGAAGAGGAGGAGGAGGCGAUCUUCAAUGGCCGGCUAG